UGAGGAUCACAUUGUGUAACUUGGUCCGAGGUGUACUUUGUGUGAAAAGAAGGCCGCUUCUUUCAUCGAAGGCGGUAUGGAACGCCUGUGAUAACAGGUCUUCGAGAUUGACCUGAUGCUAAAUAUCAGCUGAGAGUUCUGAUAAUUUACCUUAUCACGUCUUAAAAAAAAAAUACUAAAAAAUUAACACAAUUAGGGAAAAGAAAAAUGUUGUUUAUUCCUAGGUCAACUCUGAUUAAGUAUAUACCUGUGAUCAGAAAUAUUCCAAUCGUGGCCAUCUCUUAAUGAUACAUGUUAGUUUUUAUGACGGCCGGAAAUGAUUUCAAGGAGAUUUUGGUGCUAACAGAUCGCAAGAUGUUGAACCGACUGGCAGCAUGGAUAGUAAACAACUAUAUUGGAGAAUAUGUGGAAAAUUUAAACCGAGACAGCGUUUACGUUGGUCUCCUGGCUGGUGCUGUUCAGCUUGAUGAUCUCAUCUUGAAGAAAGAUGUCUUUAACCAGUUUGGGCUGCCUUUGCAGCUCAAGAAAGGGAUGAUACGUAAGAUCACCUUAAAAAUCCCAGUGACACGGAUUCACAGUGAACCAUGGGUCAUCACAAUGGAAGGUGUCUACAUCAUUGUCGAACCUAUGAAACAUGCAGAUUGUGAUAAGAUUGAACGGAAAAAACUCUACCAAAGUUCAAAACAACUUGCCCUUGAGACUGUUGAUGAUAUGUUAAAGCAAUCUGGGAAAGCAAAGGCUUCUUCAAGUUCUUGGCUUGUCACUCUAACAUCUGUGGCAAGCAACAUUCUUGAAAACUUGCAGCUCCAUGUCAACGAUGUCCACAUACGGUAUGAAGACAGUGACCUGAAUCCUUCUCAUCCCUUUGCUGUAGGAAUUGAUUUGGACAGUCUUAUAGCACAGAGCACUGAUGAAAAUUGGGUACCAUGUUUUGUGUACAGGAAUGUCAAUGAAAUGAUGUUCAAACUAAUGGAACUGAACAAUUUAUCAUUGUAUUUUGAUACAAAUGUGCAGUUAAUUGGGGAUUUACCUAUGGCAAAAAUUGUGUCAUUAUUACAAGGUGGAACAAGUCUGCGAGAUGGAUUUGAUAUUCAUGAUUAUGUGUUAUCUCCAACAAAUGCUCGUUCAAGAAUUAAAAGAAACACAAGUGAGUUGCCACUGACUUCAGCUAGCACACCACGGCUGAGUACAGAUAUCACUAUCGAAGAACUUGCUGUGUCCCUUUCCAACAUCCAAUAUAAAUAUCUUGUCUACUGGACUAGAGAACUUGACAAGCAGGACAGACUUUACCGUUGUCUCAAAUGGAGGCCAGAUGUUAGUUGUGCCGAGAAUCCAAGGCGCUGGUGGGACUAUGCUAUCACUGCUUAUUUGUUCUUCAUAAAUGGUCGACAACGUGACUUCUCGGUGAAAAGGUCUGUACAGAGAGCACGGGAUUUGGUGGACUAUUACAAAGCAUAUUGUGCAUACUUGACACAGACUAACACAGCCACAAUGAUACAACACCAAAAGAAAAUGGAAGAUGAGUUAAAUAUUGAAGAAAUUAAAACCAUUCGGUUACUAGCAUUUGACAAAGUUAACAAAGACAUGAAGGAGGAAAUUACCAAGCCAAGUACUCCUGUAACACAAACACCUGAAGAAUAUAAAACAGGUUACCUCCAAAGUUGGCUGUCAUGGGCUGUUGGUUAUUCAGAACCCUUGUCUCCUGAUUGUUUAAGCAGUGAAAUUGAAACUUCUGCUGAAGAAUCCUUCGAGGAUAGAGAAAAUUUAGAGCGAGAAUUGAUGGACAUUGUGAACAAAUCUAUGGACAGCGAUACAUUUUACAAACGAGACAAAGUGUUUGCUACAUUAAACUUUUGCUUAAAGAAAGGGUCAAUGAAGCUGCUCACAAGUACUGAAAAAGACAGCACUAUUCGGGAGAUGCUGGUUGCAGAGUGCAAUGAUAUCAACAUUAAUGUUGAAGCGCGGCCUCAAGUUGGUGCUUACAAAUUUUGCCUAAGCUUAGGAAUUUUUGAGCUGCAAGACAGACUUAUUAAAGAAUCUUGUUUCCCAAGUCUUAUUGUUCCAAAUCCAAAGGAAAUUUCAUACACAUUCCGUAGAAUGCGUUUUGGUAAACCUCUUGCCAAAACUACAACAAUCCAAGAAGUACCAGUGUCUGAAUCAGGCGUUGAUCCUUGUGAGAAAAUAUUUGAAGUGACUUUUGAGAAAUCAGAGUCAAACAGUAAUAAAAAGUACAAAAUCUAUGUGAAAACCAAAUCAAUAGCCAUUGUCUGUAACCCUUAUACAAAUUUGAUUUUAUUUUUAGAUGCUGCAUAUAAACGAUACCAAAAUCUAAAAUUCCAUACAAAAACUGAAUUGCAAAACAGAUGGCGGGAGCUUCUACAAGGAAAGAAAGUACCUCAACAAAAUCGAAUUGAAAUAAAAUUGGACAUAGCAGCCCCUAAAAUUAUUGUCCCUGAAUCAUUCUUUGAUCAGAAUACAACUUUAGUGGUUUUUGACUUGGGUUAUCUCAGUUUUCAGAAUGCUACAACUGGUAGCAUAGCAGAGAAAAGUCCCCAGUUUGAAGAUCAAGAUGAGGAAUUCUUAACUCCAUCACAGUCUCCUCCCAAUGAGCUUGAGUUGAGCGAAGAAGUCGUUAGCUGUAGCCCACAGCCACAGCAACUACCACAGCCAACAGCUGAAAGUAUGAACGAAAGUUUCUAUGAAAGAUAUCAGGUAAUUUUGGAAGAUUUACAAGUGUUAGUUGGCCAGACUCAUGACAACUGGAAAGCUGCCCAUUCUCGAGGUAACACCCGUAUCCACUUGCUAGACAAGUUCAGCAUUGAGGUACUUUUUGAAAGACGUGUCAUAUUUACCACUGAUCCAGAAUGGCCCUCUGUUAGGCUCUCGGGAACUUUACCAUCACUCACUAUUCAUGCAGACCAGAAAAAGGUGAAAGCCUUGAGUACUUGUAUGAAUCAGCUGUCAUCACUUCAUAAAACACAAAAACCAAAAUUGAAGUCUACAGUCAGUAUUUACCAAAGUAUGGACAUGGAUGCAGCUGACCCGAAUAUUUCCAGUGCUUCGUAUAGCAAUGUGCCACCUUCUGAAAAAGAGAAGCAACAGCAAAGCAAGAUGAUGGAAGCAUCUGUUUUACUAGAAGCAGAGUUUUCUGUCAAUAAAUUAUCACUGGAAAUUAAUAGCCGAGGUCGACCUAUUACUGAACUCCAAGUAGAUCAUGUCCAAGGGCGACUAGUGAAAAAAUACAAGGAAAUGACCACCACACUUACAGUACAUAGUUUACUGCUUGUUGAUGGACUACAGACAUUUGGCAAAGAUUAUGAAUUGCUUGCAGCUUCUCACAAAAAUUUGUCAAUGGACAGCCAGAGUGGAAAGCUUCGAGGAUCAGAAUCUCAAACUGAGCUGAGGCCAUCACCAGUGUCUUCUUCGUCUGCUCUUUCAGAUCACCGUGAUGAAGGUGGUCAAGGAAUAUCACAAAAAGAGGAGGCUCUUAUUACCCUACAUAUUCAGGUAAUUGCCUCCAACAGCCCAAAUAACCCCACCAAUGAAAAAGUGUUGAAGGCAGAUAUUCAGUUCAACAGUCUGGAUGUCAUUGCCAAUCAAGAAACUUUGACAGAAAUAAUGAGCUUUUUCCAUAGCACUAUGAAAGACAUGUCAAAAAAAUCCGUUCGAUCUCCAAAUCAUUCAUCUUCUAAAGACCAAAAUGACGAUUCCAAAAAUGCGGAUUUACAAAAAUCCAUAUCUGCAGUCCCUCAGAGUAUCUCAGGUAUGUGCAUUGGUGUUACAGCUGAUUUUCAUCGCUUAAACAUCCUGCUGGUUCAUCUUGAAGACUCUGUCUCUGGCCGGAAUGCCAGAAAGGUGGCCACUAUUACCAUGUCCAAUGCACAAAUCAAUGCUCGCAUAAGUGAAAAACUCGAGGUUGCUGGUUCACUAGAAGGAUUUCACAUUGUAAAUGUAAUGCCCGAAGCCCACAAACACCAAUAUCUAUUACAAGUUGGCAAGUUGUCAACACUUCCAAGUUUCCAAAGUAAUUCUGACAUGGUUCAGGUGUACAGCUCAAAUCAGAAGAAAUCCUGUCAAUGGGGACCUGAGAUCUUAGAUAACAACUCUAGGAACAGCUAUGCAUUAACCUUCCAACUCGAGAGAUACCUGGGACAUGCUGCUUUACUUUCUUCUUCUUUUCCACUUCUUCCAAUUAAUGAAAGCCUUAUCUAUACAGUUAACGGCAGCUCUGCAGUUUCUGAGAAGGACGUUGCUGUAAAGAUCAGGAUGGCAUCAGUCAUUUACAUCCACUCUCCACUGUUCUUAAGAGAGCUGUCUGAAUGUCUUUCCAGCUUCAAAGACUAUACUUCAAAUGUAGCUUCUUCAAUAAAGCACGCUGCAAAAGAAGUUGCCAAAGGUCUUGUAGCUAAGCGUAUGGAAACAGCCAGUGGAAAUUUCCCUGGAGGAAACAACAGUAGCAAUGAUUACAUUCAUUCUCCACCCAAUCAGCGUAAAUCUGAAAGCCAGUCCUUAGAGAUGAAUGACUUCUUCCCCCCAGAUAUGUCCUACAGUGAAGAGCAGUUCAUGACUGGUUCGUUAACAGCUUCCCCACCAGAAGAGCUCAAGAUUAAUAUUGAUAUGCAAAUUGAAACUCCAAUUGUGUUUCUACCUCGAAAGCAAACCAGUUCAGAAGUUCUAAUGGCUUGCCUUGGAGAAAUCUCCAUCAAAAAUAUGCCUGCUGAGUCAAUUACAAAGAAAGAUGUCAAGGACUGCAUUAGUAUUCAUGUUGACAAGAUGAGUUUGUAUGCAUUGAAUUUAACAACAUUCAAUAUUUAUGAGCGUGUAUUUGACUAUCGUGGACUUGACAUUGAACGCCUGUUCAAGGAUGAUCAGUUUCGUAAAUGCAACCCAGUUCUGUAUGAUACAAAUAUAGAAAUAACCCUCCAUGUACUUGAGUAUGACAUCACAUGCCGGUCACCUUGCUCACCUGGUAUGGAAGAAAGCACACCUUUCAAAUCUCAUUCAUUCACCUCGGCCUUCACGUACAUCAUCCCAAAUGACACUGAUGACAAAAAAUCUUCUCCAGCACCUUCCCAGUCAUUAUCUGUUAAUAUUGUCAUUGCAACACCAUGUAAACUUGUUCUUUCUAAAGCUGUCUAUGAACAGAUUCUUGAAACUCGCCACAACUUAACAUUAAGUGGCAUAAAUGAAGAAACAGUUACUUUCUCAAUUUCCAGUGAAGGUGACAAUAAUUCAUCAUAUUUACCAGGAAUUUCAGCACUAAAACUAGACUCUUCUACUGAAUCAGACAUUGCCAAAGUGAUUCGAACAGGGAGCAGUGAAUCUUCUCAGUCAUCAAAGCCAGUUCCAACUAGUCUCCCAUUAGAAGCACGGUUUGAAGUGGCAAUGUUCAGUGUGGAGAUGCAAGGAGAUUUGGAACCUGAUUCACAAAAACGACUUGUUGACCUUUGCUUACAAGAUCUCAUCCUUAUCUAUCAUCGAAUGGACAAUUAUGUUUCCUCAUUUGAUCUUUCUCUUAAAUCACUUACCAUGGAAGAUUUAUUAGAGACAAAUGACUCUAAACCUCGUUAUUUAAUGGUCUCAUCUAAAAAGGAAGAACCAGAACCUAAAGAAGAUAAAUUAGGUUCUAAUUUAUCAACAUCUUGUCCUGAUUGUACAAUAAUGGUCCCUAAACCGAAAAUGCCUGGUUCUUUGCCUUCAAGUUUUCACGAAGAGAAUGUUUUUAUGUCUCAUUCUAAGAAAAACAGCUUAGGAGGUAAUCAGAGGAAAAUGGCUGCAGAAGAAAACAAUGAGGGAUGCUACCCCUGUACACCACCACCUUCUCCUAUGGGUUCAAUGGAACAAGUUACUAACAGUGGACCUCUGGUUCACAUUAGUAUAUUCCUAGUCGAUAGCAAGUGUCCUCAGUUUCAAGAAACCUAUAAACAGAUCAAUCGCUCCAUUGAUAUUCAGUUUAGCAGUUUGGAUACAACCAUUAAUCUGCAGACUUGGGUCGUAUUACUUGAUUUCCUGGGUCUUGGAGCUACGUUUAAAGAAGCUGGAGCCCAGUCACCAAAUGUUUUCUCAACCAGUCAAGACUCCUCGUUGGACACUGAAGAUAACUCUAUUCAAGGUGAAGAAGUGGUUAACUCAAAGUUUCACAUGAAUAUUGAAAGCCUCACUCUAAUUAUGAAUAAACCAGAGUAUGAACUGGCUCGAGCCACAGUGUCCAAUCUGAAAGCCAAUUUGUCCCUGCAUGACGGCAACACACAUGUUGUUGGUCAACUUGGCAGCAUCUCCGUGCUUGACCAGUCACCAUAUGGCCUCAAUUUCCGAGAAAAAUUCAUCAGUGUCGGAGAUCAAGCCCUGACAUUUGAUAUAUUCAAAUAUGCUGGGGAUGAUCCAGGAAUGCAGAGGGCAUACGAUUUGUGUGUUAAACUGCAUAUGGCAACUGUGCAGUACACGUAUACAGAUAGAUUCCAGAGUGAAGUAACAGCAUUCUGUAUGCAUUUUCUGCAAUUACAUGACAGAAUGGGUCGAAUUCGUGCUGCAUCCAUUGGUAAAAAGAUCUCAGCAAGUAUGAUACGUAAUGCUCGCAUUAAGAUGAACAUCGAAGCAGACAGUCCUGUGAUUUUGCUUCCUUACAGUUAUAAAACAACAGGCCUACUCGUUGCUGAACUUGGACGGCUUAGUGUUACCAACCAAUUCCUUUUAGAUGGUUCCAUUGGAACUAUCAAAGGUAGACAGUACAAUUCAGCCAACGCUACUCACUCUGACGCCAAAUUAUCCUCCAAUUCUGAGAGUAAUUACACAUCAAUGACUCAAAGUGUUUUCCAUCAGAGUUUGCCAAAAGAAAAUGAAAAACCUGCACUAGUUAUUCCUAAAAUUGAUGUUGAUCUGAUGAACCAAAGCAUUUAUGGUAGUCUUGAGCACGACAUCAGAGAUGGGGAACUUGAAGCGUCAUCCAUGACUGAAUCAAAAUCUUCUGAUAUUUUUGAUCCCACUGAGAAUGUUUCUACAGAAGAGAGUGUUGUCCUAUCAACAUUGGAGUGCUUGUCUCCAUGCAACUUUUCAGUACUGGACAGCCGCGUGUUGUCUGAUAGCAGCUCUGACAAACUCUCCUCUCCACAGAGUAGUAAAUUCUGUAAGAAACUGUCAGCACCAUUGCUUGCCCAGGAAAAAAAGACUAUCAACCCUUUCACGUUGUCUGUUCAGCAGAGCAUGGCUUAUGUCCAUUGUGACCCCAUGAAACACAUCUGUCUGCUAGAUGUAAUGUCAGUAACAUUGACCGAUAUGGAUUUGUAUUCAGCUGAGUUGGUUAAAGUCGAUACAUCUGAUGGACCGAUUUAUUCAAUUGAAAGAGAUACUGGUAAAAUCUUCAAAGAAAAAUGUGCAUUACAUCUGCAAGUGGAACGGAAUCUUGAUCGGGGACUUAGCCAUUCUGCUCCAAACAUUCAUAUGACUGGCAAGCUGUCUUCCAUUCAUGCUUUAAUUACUCUGAAGCAGUUCAAACUAUUGCGGGGUAUCCUUGCUCAUAAUAUUGGUGAAACAUUGCCAGACUUCCAGCGACCCGUAAUGACACAUUUGAAAGAGCCACAAAAUAAGGCUCCCCCAUCUGGUUCAGUGUGGACAAAUAUGCUCAUGGAAAUUGACUUAAGAAACAUCACUGUAGAACUAUUAUUUGACUGGCAAAACACAUCCCAAGAUUCUUUGGCAAGAUUUGAUUUCAUUCAUUCUAAUCUUCUGGUGAAAACACGCUCCAAUGGAACCAAAGAUGUUGAUUUGGUUUCUCAUGAAAUACGAGCAGUUGACACUAGAUAUAAAGAUCUUCCACCUGGGAAAGCCCCAAAUGUGUUUAGUAACAUCUUGCAACCAUCAAAGCAAGUAGAUACCUGUAGCAAGUUGCAAAUGGAGCUAUAUUUUCAAUUCACCAAUCAAGUGAAACUGUUUACUGUCUUGUUGAAUAACAUGCGGCUGAUGUGCAUCUUUGACUGGUUGCUAGCCGUCAAUAACUUUCUCACCACUGAUAUUGAGGACCCAUUUUUAGAUAUGGAUAAAAAGCCAGAGGAAAAAUUUGAAACUGUGAAGGUCAGAAACCCCUCUGAAAGUUCCACACCUGUAUUGAGGCCCCGCAGUCCUCUCAACAGAUCUCAAGGAAUAGUGACCAGACGAUGUCAUGUCGUUGAACAAACUGAGGUACCAUUUGAGCUAAAAGUCAAUGUCAGAAAUACGCAGUUUGUAGUUGUUGCUGACAUGUCUACAUGGGACACGGAAGCAGCUAUUCUGAAGUGUACUGCUGUGCUACGGUAUCGUCCGAAAGCGCAAGACUUACCACUGUCAUGCAGUUUGCAGAGCCUAGAAGUAUUUUCCUGUUUCCUAAUGGAAGAAGAGGAAACUGCCCUUUCAAUUAUUGAUCCAACCAGCAUUACCAUAGAAAUUAAUGCCAACCCAUUGCCAGAUCGCUCAACUUCACGUGUUACUGGCUUGCUAGAUGCUCAAGCAGUGGAAAAUCCUCUAGUUCUUGAAAUGACACUCAAUCUUUUAAACAUUCGUUUGUCUUACAAUGACUUAAAGAUGUUUAUUGCCAUCACUGACUCUUUACCUGAACAAGCUACAAAGGCUAGAACUGCCCAGAACAUCCAUUUUAAAAGCACAGCUCCAGCUGUACAGGAAGUUGAAAUAUUACCUCUUGGAGAGAGCUCAGUUGAUGCAAUGCCUAGCCUAAAUUACUCUUCUGCCAGGAGCAGUUUUAGUGAACAAAGUAGUUAUCAAACUCAAUAUACAUCAUCUCGAAGAGCUUCCAAUAUUGAACAAGAUUCUUGGUUUUUAACGGGUAUUGAGAUAAAAGCCUCAUCAAUUUGUAUUUGUCUCAUUGAUGAUUGUAAAGAUGCUGAUGUACCACUUGCAGAAAUUUCAUUCAACUAUCUAGAACUUCACCAACAGCUCCUCCCCAAGAAAGUGGGUCGAGGUAUGUUCAAAUUACUUGGAGACUAUUACAACCGCAAACUGUCUGGUUGGGAACCAUUUAUUGAAGUUUGGAAGUGCAAUAUCAACUGGGAGUACAUAGAAGAAGCUGAGAGAAAAUUAGAAUUAAAGAUAGACUCCAUGGAUUGCCUUAACAUUAAUUUGACCAGUGCCUUCAUUGACCAGUACACUAAGACACGACUCAAGUGGACAGAAGAUUAUUACAAAAAUACUGAAGAAAACAGAAACACCAGCAAGGAUUCAUCAACAAAGUUAUCUCAAACAGUCGCCAAGAAAUUUGGUCUACAAAAACGUAUUCCAUUUGUGCCUUUUGUCAUACGAAAUCACACAGGACUGCCAUUCCAUUUUUUGACUGUAACCACCACCCCUGCCUGUGUCUCUGGAGUUGACACAAAGCGUGGAUUGUUGGAAAAUUUCAAUGAUGCUUAUAUCAAAGCUACAGAGUGGAAGCAGGUUGAACCAAAUGAAGAAGUCCCAUUUUUCUUCCAAAGGAGGGAGAAAAUUCGACACAAGGAAACUCAUGAACUUCGUGUCAAUCAACUUGUGGUCAAAGCUGAUGACUGGCAGAAACUUUCUGCUGUGACCGUAGAUAAAGUUGGAAUCUACUUCCGUGAUGCUCAACCCGAUGAGAAAGUGAUCCGCACGCAGGUAUCUUUUGAACCCAUUUCCGGCGGCGUGCUGAACUAUACUGCCAGAUACCGUUCGGGUGAUUGUAAUCUUACCAGGGAUGGGGAUUCUCUUCCACAUGAGCAAACAAUGCGUCAGCAAGUGGCUCGUUUUGUAUUUGAUGUCACACAAGAAGGAAGUGCACGCAAGAUGAUCACUGUCAGAUCAGCCUUGACAAUUGCUAAUAAACUGCACAUGCCUGUUGAGGUUGUCAUGUACCCUUUUACUGGACUAGGAUGCACCAUGUUGAAAGAGAAGCUAUUAAUCCAACCGAAUAGCCAGUCUCCUGUACCCAUUCUUUACACUUCUGCAUCCCUUUGUGUUCGCCCAGCUGAUCUCCGUGUGGAAGAAUGUGGUGAACCACUCUAUUGGGACAAAGUUCGUAAAAUGGAUGAAGUCCUUGAUUACCACCGGGUCUGUCGGCCUAUAAAACCAAACAAAGAGUGUUUCAGGUUUUGUGUGUCUGUAAGACGUGGAAAAUAUCCCGAAGAAACUCAGCUACAUCGAAUACAUGCUCGAGAAUACAGUAUUCCGGGUCACACAAUUACUCUUCAUCCACCGGUCACUCUUUGCAAUCUGCUACCAAUUGAGAUGUCUUACUACUUCAAGAAUACCUCAAUGAAGGGUCAAAUUGAUGCUGGAAAACAGGAGCCACUCUAUCAGGCUGACAUGAGCCAGCACCUUGAACUCGGAAUCCAGCUGGAAAAUUUCCGAGAUUGUAACGAGUUGAUGAUCCCUCCAGGAACUAUCAAUUAUAAAGCUCGGUUUGAACUAUACGACAGUGAUAAGAGAAUGUUGGCGUUGACUGUACGCAUCAUUUCACGCAAAGGAGGAGCACUCAAGCUCCAAAUCUCAGCUCCCUAUUGGCUUGUCAACAAAUCUGGCAUUCCAUUAAUUUUCAAACAAGAUGGCACCAGACUGGAAGCUGCAGGUCAAUCAGAAGACCAUGAAAGAGCAAAAAGUGUCACACCUUUACUUUUCAGUUUUACUGACAAAGAGUGUCCAACCAGAUGUUCUAUGAGAGCUGGAAGACAAACUGUAGCAGCAGAGAGUGUACUUCUUCAGUGGUGUCCUCGUUUUACAUUAGACAGUGGCAUUGGUACACGCCAAGUGCACAUUACUUCUAAGGCAACAAAUAGCCCAAAUAGAGUUUUUACCAUUGGUAUAGAAGUGAAACAAGGCUGUGGUAUGUACUGUGAUACCAACAUAGUCACUUUUGCUCCUCGGUACUGUAUUGAUAACCAGUCACAAUAUAAACUGUCAAUUAUCCAGCAACAUUUUGCUACAGAAAUAGACCCAAAACAACAGCUGAAAAAUUCUUUGAUUGCUCCCCCAAAGAGUUCAAUGCCAUUUCAUUGGCCUCGUGUUGAUUUUGAUCCACUUCUUUGUGUGAAGGUUCUUGAUGACUCUAAGGUCUUUUGCUGGUCUGGAGGUUUUAGGAUUGAUAAAGUGGAUUCCUUUCAUAUUAACAUAAGAGAUGAACAUGGCAAUUCCUUACUGCUGAAAGUAGAAGUCAUUCUUUUAGGGCCUACGCUUCAUGUGCUGUUCUACAACUCUGAUGAUAUGCCACCACCUUUCCGGAUUGAUAAUUACUCAUUAAUUCCAGUGCAGUAUCAGCAAGCUGGAGUUACCAAUCCAUUACUAAAGCAAUACAUUAAACCAAUAACAUCAUUGCCAUAUGCAUGGGAUGAACCUAUUCUAAAUCCAUAUAUUACUCUUGGAAUCUCCGGAGGAACAAGUGCAACAUAUAACAUGAACAAACCUGGUGAAGGAGAACAGCUUUGUUAUCAGAACUUCAUCUUCUUAGCUGCUACUGCUACAUUCAAUGGAGAUGCCCAUCUCAAGAGUCCAGCCAGUCAUCCUGAUUGCAACAACAGAGAGUUAGUUCUUGAUGCAAUUAGCACUCGGAUAGUGUUUAAGAGAAAAGAACUUGGCAAACGAUCUCAACUAUGGCGUAUGACAGGUGAAGGAAUGCUCGAGAAUGAAGGUUCAGCCCCUCCUCAGGAGCCUGGGAAAGUAACUGGCAAUGUAUUAGGGCUUGUUUUGGACAUAUCUGACAUUGCCCCUCAACCUGGUAAAUGUGUACCACUCAUCCUUAGAAAACCUGAUGAGCGCAGACGAACAACACAAUUAUGGAAGUUCACUCGUAAUGGUUUGUUAACAUGUGCCAAUGGAACAAUGUGUGUGCAAGCUGUUGAUACCAAUGCACUACAACAUGAUGCUAUAACUCUACUUGGCCCAAUACCUUCUCCAACAUUGAAGAGUGUCCCUUUUCACAUGCAAAUUUCUCGUCAGAAACAACGACCCGGUUCUGGUUUCAUUAGUGUCACAGUUCUCAUGGAUGGACCUGUCAGAGUUUUACAUAUUUCUGAUAUUCAGAAAACAUUCCAUGGUGUUGGCUGUAUGUGCUUUUCUUCAACUCCAUGCAGUACACAGUGCCACAUGAGUAACAGCAGAGAAACCUUUCAGGUUGUAACUCUCUUUGUAAGCCUAUUGUCUGCCAUGGCUGUUUUUUUUUGUUUGUUUUUUUUUUAUUGGACAUUUCCAUCAACACUUUCAAAAUUUUUUUCCUCUUUCAUUGUACAUUCUUGCUUGUUAAAUUAUUUUCCUUUAUAUUUUGGCUCAUUCUCUUUUUAUAUUGUGUGGACAUAUUUCAUAUACUGUAUAUUCUAUGUUGUUUGUGUUCUGAUGUGGAAAGCAAACUACAAACAUAUCCUGGCUCUCUUUCUAUUUGCAAAAUCUAUGGAUAUCUGUGGUGGUGAAGUUUUUCGAGCACAACUCUAUGCAUCUUGGCCCAAACAUCUGUGGUAUGCUCCAGGCCUGAGGCCAGGGGCAGAUAAGGUACUCCAUUGCCUUACCAGGUGUGGCUAUUACAGCAAUGCCUUGUGUGCACAAUCACAUUCACUUAGCCAUUUUCAGAAUACAAGUUUUGGUGAUCCCAAUUUUGAAGAUUUACAGCUGGUAGAUCCUAACCAUUCUUUAACAGACUUAAAACAUAAUCAUGCUAAUGAUGAGAAAGAACAACAGAAGAGCAAAAUUGUUGUCCAUGGUCUGCUUUCUUUGCCAAAAGGGGUAGGAAUAUCUCUUGUGAACCGGGUACCUGAGGAACUUGUUUACAUUGUUAUGUGGAAGAUUGUGAUACGAUGCAAUAGCAAAAAUGGUUUACUCAUCAUGGAAGCUAGUAUUGGUAAUGUACAGAUUGACAACCAGCUGUUUAGUGCUCAGCGACCAGUAAUGCUGUCCAUUGUUCCAUCCAAAAAUGAUGUCCCUGAAAAUACACCUGCAUUACACAUGGUUGUCCAUAAAAAUCCUUCUCAGUGGAAUGUAGAGAUAUUCAAGCACUUAAUUAUUUCAGUCCGUAAGGUAAAGUUACACUUAGAGGAGAUGUUGCUCCUGAAGUUGUUGCAGUUCACUGGUUACCACGAGCCAGAUGAAGACACACAGCUGAUGGAGAAUGCCUACAGUAGCCAGAGCUUUGAAUCAGUUUUAUCCAGUUGCUUCUCAGUUUUCAAAUUGUUAUUUUGUGAUGAAGAAAGGCCUGUGCUCCAAGCUGCUGCUAGCCCUCCUCACAACAAGCGUUACUUCUUUGGCCUUCUCCGGUUGAACACCCACCGUAUCUCACUGAGCAUGCUCACUGCACCUUCUUUGCCACCAGAAUUAAAAGCGAUUAAAAACAAACUAUCUCUUCGGUGGAUAAGUUUUGAAGAUGCAACAGUUGAUUUGGAUGCUUAUGUCCGACAACAUGUCUUUGAAACGAGCACAUUUCUAAUUAACGAGAUAAAAUCUCACUACACUGAUGAACUGAAAAGUCAAGCUGCCAAGAUCUUGGGUUCUAUAGACUUUCUAGGGAAUCCUCUUGGUUUGUUCAAUGACUUCACUGAAGGUAUUUCAGGCCUCAUCAAAGAUGGUAAUUUUGGUGGACUGCUGAAAAAUGUCACUCAUGGUGUGUCAAACUCUACUGCCAAGGUGACCAGCUCCUUAUCUGAUGGAUUGACUAUAGCAGCUAUGGAUGAGAAGCAUUUGAAGAAACGAACCCAGAUACUUUCAGAACAUUCCACUGGUCAUUCUUCUGACCAUCUGAAAGCUGGUUGCAAAAGUCUGGUAAUUGGACUUGUCGGUGGUUUGACGAGUGUUGUCAACCAAACAUAUGAAGGGACACGAGAUGAUGGUUUUGGAGGGUUUUUCACUGGUUUGAGUAAAGGACUAGUUGGCACCGGUCUCCUACCAAAUUACAAUGUUAACCAUGCUAAACAACAAAGAAACAUCCACCUUCUCAACAGCAACCAUUUUGAUGAAUUUUUCAUUGCUUGGGAGCAAGUCCGUAAAGAUAGCAGUCGACAGUGGUGUGCCCUCAUCACAAACAAAAAAGUCUACUUUCUCAUGUGUGAUAAAACUUCUGACCAUCAAAGCGUUGAUUAUAAGAUUGACCAUCGGGAUAUCCAAUUUUGUAUGCCUGUUUCUAAAAAUGACAACUGCUAUGUGAAAUUUGUCAAGAAGAAUUCAAUCAAAGCUCCUCCCUAUAUACGAUGUGACAGUUUUGCAAUUGCUCAAAGGGUCUCACAGCAAAUUCUCUAUGCUCUGGGACUUCAUGAAGAAAUACAGCAAACCCUUACUCAAGACACUAUGUUAACAGAUUAUGUUGACUAACCACCAUCUGACAUUAAAAUCUGUAUCUAAAGUUCUCAUCUGUUGGGACUUGGAAAUGAAAAGUGAACCUUUUACAUUUCACCAAAUGAAAAUACAUUUAAAUUAGUUCUUGUCCUUGAGGAAUAUUGGAAGGAACUGAAAGAUUGGCUGCAACAGAAUCAAAGCAAAUCUUCAGGAAAUGCUGUAGUUUGUUGAGUUUAAUCUACCAUCGUGCCUGUUUAUACACAUACCAACAUACAAAACUGUUUAUAUUCACAUGCAGAUUAGCAUUAUUAAGAAGAUUUGUAUUAUCUACUCUGCCAAUCUAAAGAGAAAAGACAGGUGCUAGUAAAAGGAGAGACACCCCCAAAUCUUCUUGCUCCCAGUCCACCCUGAAAGAGAAAUCACAAAUCAUUUAAAAAAUAAGUGAAUUGCAGUUAUCUCUUAUAUACACAGGGAUAAAAUAUGCCUUUCACAAUUGGUUCAUAUCACAGAAGUUGAUACAACUUUAACCAUGAGAUAUCUCCUUGUAAAUAUAUGUUAAAUAAGAUAUUCCAUUCAUGGUGAAGAUGUAAAUUAAUUUUUGAAUUAACUAUUACAUGUGACCUUUAACCUUUUUUUUUUUUUUUUUAAAUUUAAGAAAUUUCAGUUUCUGGAAAUCUAUUCUGUGAGGACUAUACAAGAGCAUUUCACUUUUAGUUGAUUAUUAAUUUAAGCAUAAUGUUAUUGUACGUGUUUUGUAAACAAAUAAUAUUUCAGUAUUUAUCAAGACUGAAUGUGGAGUGAGACUGAUGCAAAUAACGAUAGCAUGAUCUGUAGGACGAUAUGUCGACUGAACACAUUUUUAUUUCAUAGCUCAUGUGAUAGACUGUUUCCAAAAGAAUACGUUACUGUUUCUGUUAUAUAUUCUUCAACCUGUUGUCUUUAUUGUAUAUAUGUAUAUUUAUAAAUUGGUUUGUUGUGUUGGCACACCAAAUUAGUUUCAAUUUGACAUACUGACUCAAGAAUCCAUUAGAUACAUUUUCUGAUCGGCUAAUGUGAGUUCAAAGCUCUCAUCUAUGCAAAUGCAAGAAGUCAUCAGAUGUGGUUCUCCAUGCAGAGAGGAAAAAAAAACUGGAUUAAUACUGUGAUACGUGUGUGCGUUAUAUAUAUAUAUAUAUAUAUAUAUAUAUGGUUAAUGUAAAAGGAGUUGAGAUUUGAAAAUAAAAUAAGUGUGCUGUGAGUAAGUUUAAUUGCUAUUAUCCUUUGUUAUUCACUAACAACAGUGUCACAAUAAACAGAUUAGUAGCAAAGCAAAUACACAUUUAAUGAGACUGUCAAGACUAUAUGUACAUGUUCAGUAUAUAUACGUUUCAAGUGAGUUUAUCAAAAAGCUAUCACAAACUUAAGCUUUCCUAGUUAUUGCUGUAGUACUUGGAGUGCAUAAUUCUCUAUAAGUAACUAUAAUUUCAUUUCAGAAAUAGCUAAUGCUCAGAUAACUGCAUUGCUAAGUUGUCUUGUGGCAUAUUUACAGCCUUUCACAUUCUGAGGUCAACUUCACCUUUCAUCCCUCUGAGGUUGAUGAAACAAAUUAUUAGUUAAGUACUAAAGUUGAUUUAAUCCACUUCUAAAAUGUAUGGCUCCCUGCUUAUGUUAGAAGUCAAUAUUUAUAUGUAGCAAAAUACCUUCCUCUCUUAAUUGGUAACCUUUGAAAUUUGAAUGCAUUGAAAAAUUUCAUUACAUUCUAUAGAAGCAAUUUCGGCCAUGAAUUAAACCUGUUAAAUGGAUUUGAGUUACAGAAUGAGCGAUUCAGUGUUGCAUCACUUGUAAGAUCUCCAUGUUUAUGGCUGUUUUUGUUAUUUAGAUAUUUAUAGUAUUUCUCUUAAUGCCACAUUAUUUAAUUAGGUAAGUUGCUUAAGGUUUUUUUAAACAACCGGGUAUUGAUUUGCUUUCAUUAGUAAAGCUGUUUAAUUGGGUGAAAUAAUGGAGGUGCUAGAAUUUAAAAAAAAAAAAGAAGCCAAAUAACAUGUGUCCUCUAGAAUAUUUAAAUAUGUCCUAGAAACUAAUUAUAAUAGUAAUUACACUGGCAUAGUUUUUUCUGUUUAGAAGAAGUGUAUUGCUUUGUAUAUUUAUCAGUUCCUAUUGUAACAAAUAGACACUGACUGUGAUGUAAAAUUGUACAUAUUAAAAGUUCUAGCAAUAAAGCUAUUUUCAUACAA